AUGCACUGUCUGAACGUUUUUGAAGAGUGCUUUGAAAAUUUAGAGUCCAGACAGUCCGGUUGUUCCAACUUUUUGAUUGAGAACGAGUUAGAGAUAACCGAACUAGAGGGUAUUAAUUCUUCGAAAUAUACACCUGCAAAAGUUUAUAUGCGACUGCUGGCUAUCUAUCUUCAUCAGAAUGAUCUGUGCAACGCAAAGUACCUUUGGAAGCGAAUUCCCGCGGACGUGAAGACCGCCCACGAGGAGCUCGGACGAGUGUGGACGGUAGGGCAAUACAUGUGGCAGCGUAACUGGCCCGCGGUUCACACGGCCCUUAACGUAGAGUGGAGCGACGACAUCAAAGACCUUAUGAUAGCCCUAAAAGACAAUGUACGAGAACGGCUAAUGAGGCUGAUAUCAAAGGCGUAUUCCUCUCUAAACUUGUCGACCAUGGCGACGAUGAGCGGAAUGUCGUUGGACGAGGCGCGGCAGGCCGCGAUCGACAGGGGCUGGAACGUUGACGGUACCAUAGUGCAGCCGUGCAAACAGAUCGACGGACAGUACAAUCAAUCGGAUAAGAGCCUGACGGAGGAGCAGCUGCAGAAGCUCACGCAGUUUGUGUCCUUCCUGGAGAAUUGA